UCUCCUUUCAUAUUGAAGUUUGGAUUUAAAGGGGUCAGAUCAUGAGGAAUCCAGUUUUCCUUCAUGAGUCUACUACCAUCAUGUCAACUCAAUGUAACUGUUACAACGCAAAACAUCCUCCCUGGUCCAAAAAGACCAUCAUAACAUCUCACAACUUCUGACGUCACUGAACAACAGACAAACUAAUAAAAUGAGUUUGUGCUGCAACCGAAAGUGAGACGAUGAUAAAUGAUCCUGGAAAAAAACAACAACAAAAAAACAUAGUGGACAUGUAUAAGACCCCUUUAAAUUUUCAGCUGCUUAUGCAAGGACAUAUGGCUGUUAGACGAAAAGAAAAACAACCAUUGAGAGAGCAGUUUCCUGAAAAUCACAGUCUUGAGAGAGUGAAAUGACCCUUGGGAACCUGAGAAUCCUUUAUGUCCAGGCUCGGCUCAUUACUUGUGGUUUUCAGGAAGAGGCAGGUAAGAAGGUGACUGUAGUUCACUGUGGUUGUUGUCCUAAACUGAGGAUUUCUCUUCUCCUUGUAGCAAUGCCAUGGGACUGGCUGAGGCAGAGUCUCAGUGUUGCUCUGCACAGGCUGAGCCUCUGAAGCUUUUCAUUACUACGCCCGGAGGCUGGAGGGUGAACCGCUGGACAUGGAUUGUGUCGCAGAAGCCAGUGAACCUCUGAGGCGAAGGAUCGCUCCUUCAGAAAGUGUGCUCAACUACUCUGAAGAUGAAGAAAUCGUGAGAGCAGAGACUGAGGGACGAAUCAAUAUCCCCGGACAGCUGAAUUUACGCACAGUUACUCUGACUCUUUCACAUUUAAGAGCCACAGACACGGGGCUUUAUGUCUGCGAUUUCUCAGGAGAUCCAUCAAAUCCGCUCUCGGGGAACACAACUCUCUUUGUGCUGGUGAAAGCCGCAGGUGAGUUGUGCUCCUGUAGGAGGUAUUCUCUGCUCAUCUAUUCCAUCACCGUAGGAGUGAGUCUGCUCCUACUCUCGGCCAUCGCUCUCUUUGUGACAUAUUAUAAAAAGCCAUAUGCUGAGCCAGAGAGUCACACCACAGCUCCAAUUUAUGAAGACAUGUCAAGUGUGAAAGGGAAAAGAAGCAGAGCAAACAGUCACUGGAUCUGUCCACCAGCCCCAGAAACAUCAGCCAUGCUGGUGGACCUCUACAGAUCCCCCAAACGGACAAAUGUGGAACAUCAUCAGGAAAAAGAACCGUAAAAAUCAGCUUAACUGUGAAAUAUGUUACUGAAAUAUAUACAUUUCCAGGGACAUGCUAAAAUCUAUAACAUAUAUGUUACCAUUUAACCUUCCUUUUACCUUUUUGGAUAAAUGGCAAAUAUAUUUUAAAAAUAAAUGUUCUGUUGCCUCAGUUAAUAAAUGCCAUAAUAACUAAAAUAAUUGCUAUAAUUAUAACAAUAAAUAGAUGUUGUUCUUCCUUAAAA